CACUCGUGAAACCGCUCAAGCUAUCAAGGGCAUGCAUAUCCGGAAAGCCACUAAAUACUUAAAGGAUGUGACCCUAAAAAAGCAGUGUGUUCCCUUCCGUCGUUACAAUGGUGGAGUUGGCAGAUGCGCUCAGGCCAAGCAGUGGGGCUGGACACAGGGACGUUGGCCUAAAAAGAGUGCAGAGUUCCUACUGCACAUGCUCAAAAACGCUGAGAGUAAUGCUGAACUCAAGGGUCUUGAUGUGGAUUCUCUGGUAAUUGAGCACAUCCAGGUCAACAAGGCCCCCAAAAUGCGCAGGCGUACCUACAGAGCUCAUGGUCGUAUCAACCCCUACAUGAGCUCCCCCUGUCAUAUUGAGAUGAUCCUCACUGAGAAGGAGCAGAUUGUUCCAAAGCCAGAAGAGGAAGUUGCUCAGAAGAAAAAGAUCUCUCAAAAGAAGCUGAAGAAGCAAAAACUUAUGGCUCGGGAGUAAAUCUGACAUAACAGAUGU